AUGACACAAAAGUUGGCAUUUCAGCCACAAGUGAAUAAGCUUUCCAUCCGAAAAAAUAACGGAAGGAAUCAGAAGAAGUCCGAGGAUAGAAAUUUUCUGCUACGGAUUUCAUAUGUUGAGAUCUACAACGAACGCGUUCGCGUUCUUCUAACUGAAAACGUUGUUGAUUUGCCAUAUACGACAGCAAGGACGGUGUUACUCGAAAUAGAAGGUCUAAAAGAGGUUGUAAUCACAGAAAUGGCGCAAGUAGAGGAACUUCUGGUGCAAGCUCAAGAACAUCGUAAACUCGGUGAUCUUUUGAAAGAGCUGAGUUCGCGACCUCUACUAUCAUACGGUUGA